UAUUUCAAAGAUUUGUAGUUAUUCGUGAGAAAUUUUGGUGUGAGAGAAUUCUAGAAAGUAUACCACAAUGUAAUUCAUUCCGGCACAAAAACUGUAUUAGUAUUUGGUACUUUAAAACCGAUUACGUUGAUAUUAGAUGCCCCUUUCUUUCUCUCGUUGCAUACCAACGGAAUUGAUAGUUGCCAUUGUUUUUGCUCCACAGGGGGGGUUGAUUUAGCAUCACCAUUGCACGGCGGUGCCUUCUCGUUGCAUUUCUCAACGGCAUCACAUUGCAUCGCAUUGGUGCCGCGCGGUUAGAUAGUCGGCUCUACGAGAGCCAUUUAAUGCGGGACGAAAGAGAAAGAGAAAGAAAGAGAGAGAAGACGAGGAGGAGAAAGAGAGUGAGAGGGUACCCGUUUAGUACCAAUGUCAAAACCAACGCAGUAUCGCCCACGUGUCUGCAUAUCACCAAUGAAAGAGAGAGAGAGAGAGAGAGAGAGAGAGAGAGAGAGAGAGAGAGAGAGAGAGAGAGAGUCCUCCCCCGCCGGCGCGGCGGCGACUUGUUGCGCAGGCACGUGAGUAAUUCCGUCGAAAUUGAUGAACUCAUUACGUUCAUAUCGUUCCCUUACAUCGUCGGAUUAAGCGAGCCGGCCGUAAAUCCGUGGCCGGGCAUUAUUUAUGCGAUCGGCGGCGCGAAGAGACGCCGGAGGCCCUGCGGCCGUCCCGGACCUUCCCUAAAAGGACGCGGACCUUUCGCCGCACCGUCAAGAUCGUUUUAUUUUCGCCGCUCGCUAAUUGCAUUUCGCGUUUGUUGUCUAUUUUUGUAAAAUUUCAUUUUAUUUUACUUUAGUUUCUCUUACCGAGUUUUAUGCUUCACUAUUUUUCCGAGGAUCAAUUAUUUGCGUUUCGAUCUCCACGCGUUGCCGAAGGCUCCGCCGCGCACAAAUCGCGCAAGUCGCAUUAGACGCGUAACCAAAUUUAUAAUAUUUCGACAAACACCUUUUUCAUAUUUUCCAAAGCGUUUCGCGUCGCGAUAAAGUCGAGAACUGACAAAUCAAAAGGGAUUAUUAUUACUUGUCAGUUUCUUUGCAAACAAAUGUAAUUUUUUUUAUGGGAUAUUAUUUAUUUCGAGUGUAGACUAAUUAUCAUUUAUGGAGCAAAAAUAAUUUAGAAUUUGAAUACGAUAAUAUGAUUUAAAGAGAGAACGACCUGCUUGUCUCGGCAGAGAUUUAUCUCCGGCUUCGUUUAAGUCCUUGUAAUACUGUGCAAUAGCUGUAUUUGCAUGGGUAUGUGCAAAACCUCCGUUCAUCGUUUGCCCCCCCCCCCCUCAUGUCAUUAUGCAGCUCGUAAUAACAUGCUCUUUAGUUGUUUCAGCAUUUACGGUGCAGCUUAUUUCGAUCGUUGUUGAGGAAUGCGUCCUGACUAGCGACAAUGCAAUUUAAAGGUAAUGAAGAUUACUCGCGUGAGAGAGGGAGAUAGGCCGGAUUAAUUAUGCGUACGUCUUCGAUAACAAGUAACGUGGUAUUAUUAACAAUGAUAUAACAAACUGUUAAGCGGAUUUAACGCAUUAUCAGCAGUGAUCAAGUUUCAGCGAAACAUUUAUCUUGAAUAACGUUCGGAAAACCUGUUUAGUUUAGGUAAGUCGGAUAAAUUGUUUUAGGAAGGCGUAACGCUAACAGUAUUAAUAAUGCAGAUAAUUCAUCUACGCGAGAAAAUCUCUGCAUACUAAUUCCCUAAUGCCUCUGUUACGAGAAAUUGGCUCCGAAGAGAUUCCGAGAUAAGAGGCGGAUGUCCGGAUAAAUUUAAAAUCCGAUCUCCGCGUCUGUCACGUAGAAUAAUUUACGCGUUCACUUAAGCGAUAUCGACAGCUGACGAAUAAAAUCUACUCGAUACCCGCCGGCAAAGGGACGACGGGAUUUAUAAAAUCCGGCCUGCGUGCGGAUCAAUUACCAAUUUCGUCGCGCGCAUUAUUGCGCUCGCGCACGCAUCCUCUUGUUAUACCACGGGGGCGCGGAAUGCGCCCAAGAUCGACGGUUCGUACGCGAGACCAAUAAACGUUGAUUUAUCGGCGUGGAAAUCGAGCGCGGGGUGAUUUGCGACCGUGGGCAACGAACGACGGGCAACCUCUUCGGGGCCCCCACGAUUGUGCGAGCGCGGCCCUUCCUCGCCCGAUCUUGUGCCCUUCCUCCCCAUAGGACUUGGUCGCGCGCGACGCCAGGUGGGGAACCACCGUAAGUGCGCGGCAGGUCCACACCGGGGAUCCUAUAUAAGAGGAUGCGACCGAGAGCUUACACUCUCACAUCCGUUAGCCGACUCUCACACCGGGGUUAUCCUAGGCGAGCGAGAAAAAGAAGGAAAGCCGCGAUCGAGGGGCCCGAUCCGCUAGCCACGACCGAGCGACGGCCUGAUCCAACCCUGGGAUGAUCAUGAUACUCACAAUUUUGUGCAGCCUCGUCAUCGGACGAACCAUCGCUUUGCCGAUCGCCAAUGUUUGGCUGAGUCCAAUACCGGCUCUUUCGCCGUUAAGACAGUACCACAUACAGGAUGGAUCGGGAUCUUAUCAAUAUUCCUUCACGGGGCCGCAUCACGCCAAAGCGGAAACUACCUUAAAUGGAGUCACGCAGGGCGGCUAUUCCUACAUUGAUGCGAAUGGAAUUUUGCAAACGGUCUCGUAUACGGCGGACGAUAAGAACGGAUUUAGAGUCAGCGCGAGCAAUCUGCCGCAACCACCCAGGGAUGAUCUGCGAACUGCGCAGGACACACCGGAGGUGGCCGCAGCGAAGAGAAAUCAUCUCGAGGAAUUGCAGAAGUCGCAUCAAGCCAAUUUGCAGGAUCGAAACAUUCUGUCGUACAAGAUUCUGCCGUCGUACUUUAGCUUCGCCCAAAUCCAGCCGGACGGCGACAGCAAAGCCGACCCGAGUUCGAAGACGCGAGAGAUAGAGAGUACCAACAAUCCAUUCCUGUUACCAAAAUCGGAGGCGGAAAGAAUCGACGUUCCCAAGCCGGAUCCGAGCCUUUCGAAGGUAUCGCCCACGUCUUCGAGCCCUAUCACCACCAUCACCUCGUCAUUAUCUACUCCGACGUCAUUAAGGGAGAACACGCUUCUCGACGACGAAAGGACGUCUAAUCAGAACACUUUACAUCUGAGGAAGGUGACGCCGUUUGCCAGCAUUCAAAAACGACUAGCCUUGCCUGCGCCGUACGUAGUUCCGGUGGUGCCUUUCAGAUUCCUUCACAGCUCGCUGCAUCACACCCAGGAUUCCCUGGGCCAAUAUGAUUACAGCUACACCGGGGACUCGAGCGCCAAAACCGAAUCCAGGUCGCUCGACGGCACCACCAGAGGAGCCUACAGUUACAUCGAUCCCAACGGGAUCCUUCAGCAGGUGCAUUACAUCGCCGAUCACAAUGGAUUCAGAGUCAUGGCAACUAAUCUGCCCGAAGCAAAGUGAUGAUUAUGUUGGCGCCAUAGAAAAUAUCCCACAAGACGUAAAGCGUUCGUCUUUGAAACGCGAUGUCAUAUAUCAAUCAUUAAUACCGUACACAGUUUCCUUUCCUGAAUUUUGAAUUUGUCAGCGGAUAUUAAUCUCGUGUGGAAGAAUAAAACGUGUCGUUGAGUUUUUUAAACCGAAAUUUUUGUAAAUUUUGAAAAAAAAUUUUACUCGAGGAAAAAGCGAAAAAACAAAAAAAAAGAAAAUUCACGCAUCUGGUGUAUUUAUUUAACGGAUUUUUAUUGCUUUUGUUGAAGAUAAUUAUUCGAAGCCAAGAAGCGAAAAGAUAUACCAGCAUCAUGAAAUUCGCAUUGAAAUGUAUUGCAUCGCGUAAUAAGUAUCGGUGUCGGGGAUUUGAGAUUGAGGAAAACAUUACGCGAAUGCUUCUUGAGUUUGUUCAACGAUUGUUCUCGCGGAAACGCGAAGGAACGGACUUGAUUUGUAUUCGAGUAUUUUUCUAACUAUUUUUUAAUAUUUUUUGUAAUAUUAAAUUUACUUCGCGUGCAAUCGCGCGAUCACAGCCAGGUAAAUUAUUUUACGUUCCGUCAACAUUUUUCUUUUAUUAUCUUUAGUACGAGCGAAAGUUAAUGAGGUGUUUCAUGUUUUCAAAAAAUUGUUAGUACAUUGCACUUAUUGAUUAUAUUAUAUAAAUACAGAUUUAAAAAAGCAAUCUUUACUAUUAUCUUUAUAUAUUUCCUCUUUUACAUCCUGUUUCUUCUUUCUCUUUCAAUUAGUUUUGUGUAAAAUGAAUAAAUCUAACAGAUAAGUAAAAUAGUUGUACGUAUAUUUAUAGUUUGACGUGCACAAUAUUUCUAUGUAUUUAUAUCUUUACUACAAAUGCAAUGUAACUAUCCUAUUAAAAGAAAUAAAUUAUUUCAUUAUAAAAAAUUA